CACAGACAGCAGACAGCAUGCUGGCUCGCACACUGCUUCUGCUUCUGCUUCUGCUGCUGGAGGCCACGGUGACCGAGCUCUGGGCUCAGCCGUACCCCAUCCCACCCACCUGUUACUCCAAAGUGCUGGCCAUGGGGCACGAGAUCACCCAGAGUGCGGCCCAAAUCAAAACCCACCACGACACUCACAGAUGCACAGCGCACCUGCCCGACCUCUACAUCGACGUGCACAACGCUUGUGUGAUGUCCACUAUGAGCUCGUAUCUGUCUCUGCUGGACGGUCUGAGAGAACGGAGAUGUGCGUACACCAGGAGCGUGCAGAGGCUGCGUGCUAUGAUCAGACAGCUCUAUAUCAUCAUGUCACAGAAAUGUCACGGGGUAGGUCUAUGCAUGUAA